ACAGCAGCAACAACAGCAGCAGCAGCUGCAGCAGCAACUACUUUCUGAACAACUGCAGCAAAUGAACCUACAGCAACAACAAAUGCGCCAGCAACAUCAACAGCAACUACAAGAAGUUCGUCAGCAGCAAGUGGAGCAACAACGCAUACGUGAACAGCAGCUUCGACAGAUGCAUCAGCAACGUCAACGGCACAUGCAAGAGGUUCGUCAGCAGCAAGUAGAGCAACAACGCAUACGUAAACAGCAGCUUCGACAGAUGCGCCAGCAACAUCAGCAGCAAAUGCAACAAUUUCGGCAGAAUAUGAACGAACAGCAACGGCAACUGCAACAACAACUCCGUCAGAUGCACUGGCAAUUACGUCACUAACGGCAUAAACUACAGAAACAAUAAAGUGGGCCUUAAACUAAACGACAAAUUGAUUAUUGCACUAUUAAACCGGACCUAAUCGUCACAACGGCCAUGUAGUUCGAUUGGCUAGCCAGCCAAUCCCAAAAACUGACUUCGUCCCUCCUUUCAUUUUGCUCAACUUUCCCCGUAUUAAUUCAAGAGGAAACACCGGCCGCUCUCUCAUUUUCAAAUUUAAUCGUAGCUUCAGGACUCCAAUUCGGAGUUGGACACUCGGUAAUGAAAUAAUAAGCUGCUAUAAACUUC